AUGCCGGUCCUUAUAUUGCACUGGCUCAAGACAUCACAAGAGAGGCAGGGACUUCCCUUCUACCAGGUUCUCGCUAUUUUCGGCUCUAGAGAGAAGCUCUCAGCAGACUCCAGCUGUACCACCCUUCUCUUCAGAGUAAGAGAAAUCAACACUUCAUCAGCUCUGUACACCAACAGGAAGGACAAACUGAAGCUGCAGUUUCAGGACUACGAGUCGCAGUCAGAGAAACAUUCUCCUAAACAAAGACAGAUUGCUGAAGUGAUGAAGACCCUGUUCCACAUCACACUGGUGCUUUUGGUCGCUGUGACCUCAGCUAUAAGGAUCACCUCUUCAUCUCUAGAGACCAUCUCUUCAUACAGACAGCUGGAGUACUUAGGGUUCGAUGAACCACCUCGCUAUGGUCUAAAACUGCUGAACUGGUUCAUUCAGAAUUGCCUGGACAACAACAUGGUGGCCACCUGCAAACCCGACCAAGGAGAUUAUGGAUUCCAUCCUUUUUACAACAAUGAGCGUCUGUUUCCAAAGAUCUGGGACAGUAGCCAGUACACAUACUACAGCAUCGGAAACCUCAACUCUCCUGGAGCCAACCGUUUGCCAUACGACAUCAGGAGAUAUUUAACUCAGAGAGAUCUUCGCAGCAACAUGGACAGAGUGGUUGUGAGAUACAACCACAACAACAGACGCAUCGAGGAGAUCUAUAUAACUGCACAUUACUCACGACAGGAGACGUACCGGAUUGACCCUGAACUUGUUCAGAGUGUUCGGUCUGGUUCAAAUAACCAAGAUUCUUGGAUUUUUCCAGCCUGUAAUCGUCGUGAAGAUCUGUGAUUAAUCAAGCUCUGUUUCCUCUAUCUUUAAAAUUAAAAGGAUUCUGCUAUCCUAUUUUGGGCUUGAUUUUCUAUUUUUCAGUGGUCUGUCAUGAGUGGUCUCUUCUGGAAAGAAGAGUAGACCCCACACCUGCCCCUUAGACCUGAGGACCCUGGAAGCUUAGCUGCUGUCAGUGACAGAUAUUAACUGUUGGAUGGCACAAAAAUUGAUGGCAACUCGAAAUCUAAAAUUAAAGUUUAAUCCCCACUGCUACCCUUCUACCAAUAGCUACCUCAGCCCCCUUGCAGGAAACGUUAAACCCACUGCCAUAAAUUCAGGUGUGCUAUUUGACAAUGAUCUUUGAUUAGAUGAGAGGAGGAGAGCUGUUACAUUCUGACUGGUGAUUGGCUGGGAGCUGACAGCUGACAUUUUGAACAGACAGCGAGAGUGAAGACGCCAACUUCACCACAGAGCAGCUUGUUUGGUGUCGGAUUGUGAAUCUUAGAUUGCUGUAAAUAAUGUGUGCCUUUAUAUUACUGUUAAAAGGAAAAAGUAUGUAGGGGAGAGGAGCUAUUUGAUGAUUAUUUUCUCCUGUUUUUAUGCAGUCAGUUUGGGUUUGUAAUAUAUUUUUUCUUAGACAGGUAGGUAUUUGAUUUUAAGUGUU